AUGAGGCGAGGGCGUCCGAAAAAGACGGUGUCACCGCCGCCAGAUCCCAUUCCCCUGAAAUGUCUGAUAAUAUCUCCACCGCCUAGUUCAUUGCCUUCUUCUAGUGAGAAAGCCAGUGUCAGCAAGGUUGUUGUUGAGGUUGAAGGAAAAGGUAACGAAGACCCAAACCCAGGCGAAACCCUAAAUUCGAAUGAUGAUCAGAAGUUAUGGGUUGAUGUACUCAAAGAUAACCGAAAUCCUGCCAAAGGUCGUAGUAUGAAGUUUAUCGCUCCCCAGCUUGUUGAAGGUGGGAUUGAAGUUUCGAUUGAGGAAGCAGACAUCGUGGAUGAAAUUUUAUUCUGGCGUCCAUCUUUGGUUCUCUAUGCCUUGGGAGGUGAGUUAAGUAUGCACGCAGUUAAGAAUUUUAUGAUUAAGAACUGGAACUUUGUUCAACUACCUGAUAUGUACUAUCACGAAGGUUAUUUCAUCCUCCGUUUCAGUUCAUUCAGGCAGAGAGAUGAUGUCCUGAUGAAAGGUCCAUAUUCCAUCAGGAAUAUGCCACUCCUUAUUCACGAAUGGAGAGCGGACUUUAAUCUGCAAACUGAUCUUCUUCGCACUCUACCGAUCUGGGUAAAAUUGCCAAAUCUUCCCCUUUAUUUGUGGGGAGAAACAAGCCUCAACAAAAUUGGGAGUGCACUAGGAAUCCCCAUAGUAACGGAUGAAUGUACUGCUAAUCGGUUACGAAUAUCCUAUGCUCGAAUUCUUGUAGAAAUGGACAUAACUAAGGAGUUACCAUCAGAGAUAAUAAUCAAGGAUAAUAUGGGAGAAAAGAUGCAGCAAUCCAUAGAUUAUGAAUGGCGCCCUGUUUACUGUGGAAAUUGUCAGAGAUUUGGCCACAAUUGUGACAAACCUAAGCAGAAGGCCAAGAUUUGGCAACCAAAAGCUAAGCCUCCAGAAGAAGAGAACAAGACACAACCCACUAAUGCAGCAACCACAACCAAUGGUGAGGAGGCUACAGUGCAAGGUUUCUCUGAUAAUGCUGAUUCACUUGGCACAGUUGAGAUAAAUAAGGAGAAGUGGACUACUGUUAAUAAGAGUGGCAAGGACCGAGGUAAAGGAAUCAUGAUAGAGGAUCCUGAACCUUCAGUUCUUAGUACGAAUGGUUUUGAUGCCCUAGGGAUUUUGAAUGAUCUCCUAGUGCUACAAAAUCCUGGUUAA